UUAGGCUUGACUCUUUCGACUCGCUGUCUCUCCGAGCUACCCAUGAUUGCAGGGUCUAGACUGCCUAUCCCAAGACUUGUUAUGGAGGAUGACGGGACUGUCACACUCUUUACUACUCCUUUGUCUAUUUCUCCUUGCCUGACGAGAAAAGGUGGACAUCUAUAAGGCAAGAACUGUUAUCCCGACAUUAAGUAGAGUAUAUAGAUUGUUUCUCUCCAUCUUAUUGUCUGUUCUGCACCCUUACUCCCUCUCUGUCCCUGAUUUCCUGAGAUCGAGGAUAUGUUGCCCUAUCGAAGAACUAUUUCGCAGCCACUGGGUUUCUCGCUUAGUGGGCUUUACUUCAGACUAUGUCUGCAUAAUCACACUGCUUUCGUCUUUACUCAAACGAAAGCCUAUAUUUUCAAGCGCGGCUUCACUAGCGCGCCAUCCUCUGCCUCGAGUCCACACUCAAAAUGGGCUCUUCUUGGUGCUGGUGUUGCCUUGGGCGGCACAAGUGCGUUUCUCUUCAUGAGUGAAGAAAAGUUCGGCAGUAUUCAAACUACCUUUGUUCCGUCCAAGGAAGAUUACCAAAAUGUCUACAAUGAGAUCGCCCGGCUGUUGAUUGAGAUGGAUGAGUAUGAUGAUGGGAGUUAUGGACCUGUUCUACUACGUCUUUCGUGGCAUACCAGUGGUACCUAUGAUAAAACGACCAGAACCGGAGGGAAGAUGUUCCCGUGGAUCACCUAUUCCGACCUCUGGACGUUGGCCGGUGUCACAGCAGUGCAAGAACUAGGGGGGCCAACGAUACCAUGGAGGCCAGGACGACAAGACGCCGACAGCACAGCUUGCCCACCAGACGGCCGUUUGCCAAUCGCGUCCAAGGGUCCAACGCACCUUCGAGCUAUAUUCUACCGCAUGGGCUUCGACGAUCGCGAGAUUGUGGCGCUCAGCGGUGCUCAUGCUCUUGGACGUGCGCACACAGACCGGACGGGAUAUGAAGGGCCCUGGGACUUUAGCCCGACAGUGUUUACGAACGAGUUUUUCCGAUUGUUGGUUGAAGAGGAGUGGCUGAAGCGAGAAUGGGAUGGGCCUCUCCAAUAUACCGACAAAACUACGAAGACCCUCAUGAUGCUACCGACUGAUAUGGCUCUCAUUGAAGACGCGGAAUUCAAGCCACACGUCGAAAGAUAUGCGAGAGACAGCGAUGUCUUCUUUCGGGAAUUCGCUGAUGCUUUUGUCAAACUUUUGGAGCUUGGUGUUCCAUUUACAGGACAAGGAAGUGAUCGCUGGGUGUUUGUUAGAUCUGAAUAGCUUUACUGUAGCAUAUUUGAAGUCAGAGUUCUGAUAAUUCG